GGAGCCCUGCUGUUCACUGUCGUCCUGUGAUGUCACCAGGGAGCGCCGCCUCGGCCGAGGUCUUAUCAGAGGAGCUGCGGGACGCGCUGCAGCGGUGGUCCCCGGGCUGGUCGCGGUCAUUGGUCGUGACACUAGUGCUUCGGCGCCCGCCGAGCUCAUUUCCCAGUCCCGCAAGCCAGGCCCGACAGCGCGGGGCUCCCGCACGACCAGCCGCCCAGGCCAGACUCUGAUGCUGUUCUCUGGUAGAAGGAGGCUGCUCACGGCUCUGCUGCAGGCUCAGCGGUGGCCCUUCCAACCCUCCAGAGAGAUGAGGCUGGUGCAGUUCCAGGCAUCCCAUCUGAUGGGACCUCAUUUGGGCCUGGAGUCAGGGAACGGCGGGGGGGUCAUCAACCUCAACGCCUUUGACCCCACACUGCCCAAGACAAUGUUGGAGUUCCUGGAGCAGGGAGAGGCCGCUCUCUCAGUGGCGAGAAGAGCCCUGGCUGCCCAGUUGCCAGUCCUGCCACGGUCAGAGGUGACCUUCCUGGCUCCAGUCACACGGCCAGACAAGGUGGUGUGCGUGGGCAUGAAUUACGUGGACCACUGCAAGGAACAGAACGUGCCGGUGCCCAAGGAGCCCAUCAUUUUCAGCAAGUUUGCCAGUUCCAUCGUGGGACCCUACGAUGAUAUUGUCCUCCCGCCCAAGAGCCAGGAAGUGGACUGGGAGGUGGAGCUGGCCGUGGUCAUCGGAAGGAACGGCAAGCAUAUCAAGGCCACAGAUGCCAUGGCUCAUGUGGCCGGCUUCACUGUGGCACAUGACGUGAGUGCUCGUGACUGGCAAAUGAAACGCAAUGGGAAGCAGUGGCUGCUGGGAAAAACCUUUGACACCUUCUGCCCCCUGGGCCCUGCUUUGGUGACCAAGGACAGUGUAGCAGAUCCACACAACUUAAAGAUCUGCUGCCGAGUGAACGGGGAGGUGGUCCAGAGCAGCAACACCAACCAGAUGGUGUUUAAGACAGAAGAGCUGAUUGCCUGGGUCUCCCAGUUCGUCACUCUUUAUCCAGGGGAUGUCAUCCUGACAGGGACCCCCCCAGGCGUUGGUGUAUUCAGGAAACCACCUGUCUUUCUCAAGAAGGGCGAUGAAGUCCAGUGUGAGAUUGAAGAACUAGGUGUCAUGAUCAACAAGGUGGUAUGACAGCUCCUGCCGCAGGCCCUGGACGGAAGAUAGGUGGGCCAUCCGGUCCCACUCACCUAGCACGGGGGAGGCCCGGCCUCAGCCCGCUCAAGCCUCCUUGUCCAGGCAGAGGAGGAGGGGGUGCUCUCCUCUUCAAUAAACUCAGGCCAAAG